AUGGCCAGUUUUCAGACCAGGAUUCUUCGUCUGCAUCUCUGUGUUGUUAUUAUUCUCCUGACUCAAGCAGAUUAUUCCAAAUACAAUCAAGAGCAAAUGAUUCAGCAGCACAUCAACAAAACAGUGUUUGUGGGGGAAACAGUUACACUUCACUGCAACAAAACCCAAUAUGAUGAUGAUUUCACAUGGAAAAUGAACAGCUUUGUUAUUUUUAGGCAGGACUCUGAAAGAAACAGAACAAUGAGAAACUUCAGCUCAAACAGGAUUCACAUCGACCCAGCAGCUCCAAGAGAAUUAAUAAUACAUCAAAUACAAGCAUCUGAUGCAGGAAACUACAGCUGUUACCCAGCAGCAAUAAGAUGGACAUUAACAAUAACAGAAAAUCAGAUCAGACCAGAAUCACCCAAACAAAUUUCGCUGUACAUCAUCAUCAUCAUCAUCAUCAUCAUCAUUUCAUGUUCUGGAGUCAUUAUGAUCUGUCUGAUCAUCACCAUCAGCAUCUGCAUUCACAGGAAACUGAGACAGAAGAUCAACUCUGGUUCAGAGGAUGUGAAGAUGAUCUCUGACUGUGACAAACACACAGUAACAGCCUGUGUCUACAGUCUUCAUACCAUUUCAUGA